AUGCUCAGCCUGGCUGGGCGUGAACCAGGGCCUUCACCUACCAAAGCCUGUAUUCCUCCAUGUGUCCUGUCCAUGCGUGUUUGCUUUUUGCACUCCCCGCUUUCCUGCUUUUUCUGCCUGCCUUCGUUGAGGAUGUGGUUGGGGUCUCCGGUAAGAGGACUUGAGACACCAAUGAUCUAUUCACUGGCACUUGCGUGCCAGGUGGGCUUGCCUGUGGAAACUGCUCCUGAGGAAGGGGUGGCCUUGUCCGCUUUGCGGCAACGCAAGGGCCUUGAGACGGAGCGAGGACAGAUAUCCUGGAGGCACCAGCGCAAAUCCAGGCGCCAUGAGGAUGAGUAUGAAGAGACGCAGAAAUUCUCUGCUUUGGAAAUCCUGCGUGGAUUGCUGCUAUUCAUGAUUAUUUACCUUGGUCUUCGCGUAUGCGUAAUCCUUUUCCAGAAGUACAGAUUGAAUAUGAGCAUGUCUUCGAAUUCCACUGUCGGGGUUAACAUCAGCCUGUGA